GAUGAGCGAACAACCAAAACCCAGUAUGAUGGUAGCUAUAAACUAUAUAAGAUCGGUCAGUUUCGUUUUUCCAGCCUGAAACACCUACCGGCAGCCAACGAUGGUUUCCCACGGUUGCGCCUCGCUCCUCCUUGCCUUGCAAUUGCUCCUCUGCGAAUCAAUACUCCUCCAACUCGCCUCAGCAGAGGAUAAAAGACUCUUCAAGUUUCCGGUACAGCGUAGGUUAACAUCAUCCACCAGUGCGGAUUCACGAAUCCCGGUGUCUAUGAGUACCUCAUCAACGUCACAAUCGGUACACCUCCUCAAAAUAUCACACUUAUCAUCGACACCGGUUCGUCCGAUCUCUGGGUCAACACCAACGCGAGCUGUUCAGCCUUCGACGACAGCGCCGAUGCUGCUCUCUGCAAUCAACUCGGUGUUUACGAUCCGACGAACUCGUCCACCUUUGUGAAUUACACCGCUACGGAUGAGUCGUUCAUCCUCAA